GCGAACCGCCAGCUGCUAUCGAAGCAUUCGCCUAUGGAACCUUGGCUAACGAAGCAGCAUACGCAGUGUCUAUUUAUAUUUUUAUUUUAGCUUAUUCAAAACCGGAAGAAAAAUCAAAACAGCAAAAUAAAUUGUCGCGUUAGUUCUUCAAAGGAUGCACAAAAUGAGUCAACUAAGCUCCCAGACCUAUAAAGUGGAGCAUAACUGUAAACUAUCGGAGUUCAGUAUACAGCUAAACAACAACAAGGCAUACGUCAGUUACACCCUGGAUAAGAACAAGAAUAAUAUAACUAUUAACCAUACCGAGGUUCCACAAUUCUUCCAAGGACAAGGAGUGGGUAAACAAUUAGCAGAGGCUGUCAUUCAUUAUGCAAUACAGGAAAAAUUUGAUUUAACUAUUAUCUGCAGCUUUGCCAAAAAAUACUACCAGGAAAAUGAAAGCAGAUUCAAGAAUCACAUUUCUGAUUAAUCAUUUUUAGAUUUGUAAUUGCUAAUCUAGAUGCUAUGCAUAGCACAUACAAAGGAAUGUCAUCAACAAAAUAAUGUAGAAUAUCGUAGAGGGAUGUCUAAGAGUAACAAUUAAAUACUGUAUAUUAUGGCAUUUUAAAUUGGA